AUGGAAGCCGCAGAAGAUGUCGCGUGCGACCAAGAUGCAGGGACCCACGACCUCGAAGAGUCCAUCGUCGCUAUAGACGUCAGAGACAAGAAGAUGAUGGGAUGCAGCAUCUUCUCCACGGCAGACGGUGUUCUCAAAAUAGCAAAUGACAUACCUAUGGUGAACGAAAAUGUAGCAGAGCAAUUUCUCAAUUUCGCGCAGGCGACGACAAUUCUGAUGUCGCGGCGAGUUCCGGAAACAAUCUUGGCCUUCGUUGAAAAGCAUGUUGAGAGGAAUGCCAAAGCAAGACUUGUUUCGCAUCUAAUGUCCUCUUCUGAUUUCUCGCACAUGUUUGCUUGCGAAGAGUUGUCGUCGCUAUAUCCUCAUGGAGUUUCUUCAUUUCCGAUUGCAUCUCCAUCAAAUAUUGAGAGGCAAUCCAGUGAAAACAAUAUACAAGCUCCACAAACCCCCGAUCGCCAAGAGCCUCAUUGCAUGAAACUGAUCCGUUGUGGCUCUUUAAUUGACCUGGAUAGUGUUGCAUCUUUAAGCUGCGCAGGCGCCAUUUUUACAGAGCUACAUCGACGUCGUUCACUCGCAUCGUCUUUAAGCAGCUCUAUCACAGAGAAUCGGUUUAAUGUGGUAUCCAUUACAAUGUUUAACUUAGUGGAUCAUGUUUUCAUCAGCGAGGAGUCCCUCCUAUCCUUACAGAUUAUCAAUCACGAGUCACAUCCAAAUAGCCAAGCUUGGAGCGUCGACUCUUCGGCUGGAAAAGAGAACCUCUCGAUAUAUGGUCUCCUUCAUCCAUUGGCUUCUACUCCCCAGGGCCGAACCCACCUCCGACACAUGUUUCUUAAUCCUACAUCAAACCUCGACAUCAUCGCUGACAGACAAUGCACUGUUUCCAUGCUUCUGGAACCAAACAACGAGGAAAAGACAAGACGAGCCGUCUCUAUUGGUACACUAAGAAGAUUCGCAUCUCAAUCCCUCAAACUCAGAGAAGUUGCAAUUGCUUUGUCCGGCCCGAAUCAGGGUAGUAUUAUUCGCAAAAUUAUCGACGGAAUUCCUCCACUGGCUUUCAAUCAGGUAGGCAGCAUGAUUGAUAGAGUCGUCAACUUUGACGAGACCAAGUUCCAGCAGCGCUAUUCAGUUAAGCCCGGCAUUGACGUUGAAUUGGAUGCAUUAAAACGGCAAUACGACGGCAUGAAUAGCCUCUUGACAGAGGUCGCCAAUAGUGUCACUCAAGAUUUGCCAACGUGGGCACGUCGGCAUAUCAAAUCAUGCAUUUUCCUUCCUCAGCUUGGGUUUUUGACUGUAGUCGAGCAAGACUCCCAGCAAACGAAUGGUGGAUUUGAUUUGGAAUGUACAAACGAUGGCCAAUGGAAGAAAUCGUUCGUCGAUAAUGAAAAGGCUUACUAUAAAAAUCGUCAUAUGACGGAUCUCGACAACCAGUAUGGAGAUAUAUACUCCCAAAUCAGCGAAGACAGAGAAGUCGAAGUGAUGCAGAAGCUAGCCGUGGAUAUUAUCGCCCAGGAGAACACGCUUUUGGCAGCUGCAACCAUUUGCGGAGAGUUCGAUGCCCUUCUUGCUCUUGCUAUUGGCGCUACAAAGUAUGGCUGGAACGCACCUCAGAUGACAACUGAAAACAUCAUUGACAUCAAAGGCGGAAGACAUCCGCUACAAGAGUUGCUGGCUCCUUCAUUUAUCCCCAACGAUUGCUUCAUCAGCGAUGACAAUACGGCACCAGGGCGUCGAGUCCAAGCGUUAGUGUUGACUGGACCAAACCAGUCUGGGAAAAGCGUUUACAUCAAACAGGUCGCAGCUAUCGUUUAUUUGGCACAUAUAGGGAGCUACGUACCGGCUGAUAAAGCCGUGAUAGGCACGGUGGACAAAAUCUUGACUCGGAUCUCGUCACGAGAGAGCGUGUCCAGUACUGGAAGCACCUUCGCACUGGAUCUCAAACAAGUCUCACAUGCCAUGAAAUAUGCUACAUCACGAAGUCUGAUCAUUCUGGACGAGUUUGGAAAUGGAACCACAGCCGAUGAUGGCUCGCCAAAAGUAUUGGCGGCUACGCAUUUCUACGAAAUAUUUGCCAACGGCUACUUGAAUCACCAUAGUCAACUCGCAUUAGCGCACAUGGAGCUGGUUGAAGGGUACAGCUCGACAAGCUUGGGCAGCCAAUGUGCUAGGAUAAGUGGAAUCCCAGAGAUUAUCACCGACCGAGCAGAGCUCUUAUCGGCCGGUGAAUCUCCCGCUAGCCCCCGGAUACGUUACUCCCCCUGCACUCCGUAUUUCGAUGACAUUGCUCUUCAACUCCCUUCGUUUUCAAGCAGCCGAAUCUCUGUUGCACGCGUCAUGGCUAUUGGUGCUUUGUCCAAUAGCACAUACCAUGCUAUAGACGAGGAAGCUAGAGCGGAGGUUGACGUGUUAAAUUCAAGGCUCGAUAGAACAACCCAAUUGACGAAGAAGAUCCAAGCUUCCCUCGGCCGACUCGAAGCUACGGGCCAGAGCGUACGAGAUGUCGCUGGACCUCUAAAUGGAGAAACGAGGCGUCUGCAAACACUCUCCAAAAAUGUCGAGUCUGUCCUUGCUGCCAUCGAUCGCCUACGUCAACCUUCAGAUAGCAAAGAUGAUGAGGAGCAAAUCAUUCGAUCCGGACCUGAAAAGGCUGGCCUGUCGAACUACUUGGCUUCCAUCAAACGACUAAGCAUUUCAUACAAGGAAAUGCAAACUUCUAACCUGCGCGCAAAUCAGGGUACCAUGAAUGACCUGACCCGCCUCAUCAAGCUGGGAAAUACGCAGUUAGAGAACCAUUUCGACAAGAUUCUACGCGGCGAAACCCCCCGAUCACUCGAACCGCUCCACUACAUCACCAAAGACAAGCCCUUUCCCGUGCUUUCCCAGGACAAGAUUGCUCGGCUAGGCCUUAUUUACUCUCACGUUGCGGGAAACUACGCGAAUGGCUUCGAGUCUUCUGUCGCCAAGAUAUACGCCGAUAUACGAGGGCCAUAUUUAUCAGCGUCUCUGGCCAAUUUGGCCGCGGCGAGUGUCAAUACCGCCAAGAAGAAGAACCCGGGCGAUAUAUACCAAGCAGGCGCAAAUGGUAUUGGAACAUACACACAGGCUAUGGAGGGCAUCUUCAUUGCGGAAUAUGACAAUAUCUGCAGUAUCUUCACGCGUGAGGAUUGGGGCCCCAUCCUGCAGGCGACAUGCCAGGCUGCUGUGACUGAAUUGGCCCGAACUCUGCGAGAGCUCAACACACACAUCAAAUCCCAUCUUACCACCGACUGCUACAUGGCCUACGAAGUUACCGAAAUCAUCUCCGGUCUUUCGAAUAACCUUGACAAGCGUACGGGUGAGCUGAAGGGUUCAUUAUCUGCCGCUCUCAAACCCGUCCGCGAGACAGCCAAGUCUUCUCUUGCCGAGUUGCUAGAAGAAACCAAGCGGAAAAUAGGCAACCUACAGACACUUCCAACGGAUGGAGCUGCAAGCCCCAUCGUGGCGGAGACGAUGCAGCGAUUAAACUCCAUGGUGGAGUUUUUAAGGCCCAUUUCAAGCAUCAUGAUAUCUCUCGGCGACGGUGGCUGGAAGCCUGGAGCUGCUGCCAACGGUCGCACAACAGAGGGAAUACCGAGUCUGGCCUCGUUUGAUGUCGGCGCCGACGGCAAAGACCUCUUCGCCAAAUAUUGCCUUGACACUAUUGAGGUUCUGCUCUCCUCCUUGGACCAAAAGGCCCGCGUGUUGCUCAGAAGCAAGUCCCUAUUAGGCGUCUUCUUAGCCAACAGUGUUGUCGUGAUAGAUCAUACGAUUCGCAGUUCAGAGCUUGGGCCACUGCUUGAUGGUCGUCUUGAUUCGCUUGAUCAGUGGAGGAAGAAGGCCACUGUUAUGUACACCGAUAUCUGUAGGGACAUAUCUGUCUAUCUAUUCGAUACCAUCCACACAAACCGAACCAAGCGCCCGACUUCUGGCCAUGCGGAUACAGCCGACUCGGCAUCGGUAGUCAAGGGCCUAAACAGCAAGGACAAGGACAAGAUCAAGGAGAAGUUUACGCAGUUCAACAAUGCAUUUGACGAUAUGGUAGGCAAACACAAAUCUUACAGCAUGGACCGUGAAGUACGAGCAAUGUUUGGUCAAGACAUUCGUCAAAAGCUGCAGCCCUUGUAUGAACGAUUUUGGGAUCGUUACCAUGAGAUUGAUAAAGGAAAGGGCAAAUACGUCAAGUAUGACAAGCAGUCGAUUGCAGGCGUAUUUAUGAGCCUCGCCACUUAG